AUGUCAAUCCUAAACAAGGACAGAUCCCUCAUAGCCGUAAUCGGCGACGAAGACUCUGUAACAGGAAUCCUCCUCGCUGGCGUUGGCCAUAUGGACUCCAAACAAAAACCAAAUUUCUUGGUUGUUGAUGCCAAAACACCACUCGCAAAAAUCGAAGAAACAUUUGGCGAGUUUAUAAAGAGAAAGGAUAUUGCUAUUAUUUUGAUUACGCAGCAAGUCGCAGAUGACAUACGAGCCCUGAUUGACGAUCACGAUCAAGCAUUCCCGACUGUAUUGGAAAUACCAUCGAAAGAUCAUCCGUAUGAUCCUACAAAGGAUUCAGUGUUGAAGAGGAUUCAGAGAUUGUUUGGAGAGGAUGCUAGGUAG